AUGUGUAAAGCAGGGGACUUUGAGAGGUGCGAUUACAGAACAGAGUGGAAGAUGGGGUACAAGGUUUUGAGUAAUGUUGAGAAAUUGAAGAACUCUGUUCUGAGGAUGAACUCAUGGUUGUUGAUCAUGAGGGCAAUUGUGACAGCUUUGGUUUGGGCCUCUGCUGUUCAGUUGAUUGGUAUUUGGUUGAUUAGAGGUCCAAGAGUGUUCAAGGUUUGGCCUCCUUGUAAUCAGUUAGACUUGCAUGUUGCUUCUGAAUUGCCUAGGCUUCCAAUCCCAGUUUUCCCACCAAAGAGGGUAUACAAGAAUAAUGGAUAUCUGAUGGUUUCUUGCAAUGGAGGAUUGAAUCAAAUGCGAGCUGCGAUUUGUGAUAUGGUUGCGAUUGCCAGAUACAUGAAUGUGACUCUUAUUGUUCCUGAGUUGGAUAAGAACUCGUUUUGGGCUGCAAGUGAGUUUCAAGACAUUUUCGAUGUCAAUCAUUUCAUUAGAUCAUUGAGAGAUGAGGUUCGGAUACUAAAGCAACUGCCCCCAAAGCUCAACAACAGACCUGCAUACUCAUUGCCACCUGUUAGUUGGUCCAACAUUUCCUACUACCUUCAUCAGAUCCUACCGCUGGUACGGAAGUAUAAAGUAGUGCAUUUGAACAAAACUGAUGCUCGAGUGGCUAACAAUGGGCUACCUCUUGAGAUUCAGAAGCUGAGAUGUAGAGUCAAUUUUCAUGGUCUGAGAUUUACUUCCCAGAUAGAGGAAACCGGCCGAAAGCUUGUCAGAAUUUUGAGAGAAAAAGGCCCUUUUCUGGUGCUUCAUCUCAGAUAUGAAAUGGACAUGUUGUCAUUCUCUGGCUGCAGCCAUGGUUGCAACAGUGAUGAGGUGGAAGAACUCAACACAAUGAGAUAUGCUAAUCCAUUGUGGAAGGAGAAAGACAUUGAUUCCGAAUUGAAAAGGGUAGAAGGCUUGUGCCCUCUAACACCAGAGGAAACUACUCUAGUAUUGGUUGCAUUAGGUAUAGAUCACAAUGUUCAGAUUUACAUUGCUGCCGGAGAAAUAUACGGUGGAGAUAGAAGGCUGGAAGGUCUGAAAUCUGCUUUUCCUAAUGUGGUCAGGAAAGAGACGCUGCUCGAUCCUUCAGACUUGAGGUUCUUCCCAAACCACUCUUCACAAAUGGCAGCAUUGGACUACCUUGUGUCCCUUGAGAGUGACAUUUUCGUCCCAACAUACGAUGGAAACAUGGCCAAAGUUGUUGAAGGCCAUCGCAGGUUCUUAGGUUUCAAAAAGACAAUUUUACUAAACAGAAGGCUUCUCAUUGGUUUGAUAGAUCAGUUCACUAGUGGAUCAUUGAGCUGGGAUGAGUUCUCCUCCAUUGUGAAGGAAGCUCACGCUGAUCGAAUGGGGAGCCCUAAAAAAAGAGUUUCUAUUGUUGAUAAACCAAAAGAAGAAGAUUACUUCUACUCCAAUCCACAUGAAUGCCUGCAACUGUUAGAUGAGCCACUGAGAACUACAUGAUCCCAUUCAUGCCAAAGUCAUGGUUCCCUACACUUUGUCAUUGAGAAUUUAUACAGCCAGUGAUUGCUUCAUGAUGUGGUCUAACUACUGAAAGGAAUGGGGCUAUGUAAAUACAACAUUGGGUUGGAGGUGAAUUUGGGGCCUCUACCUUGAGACACUAGAAAGCAUAAUUUAUAGUCUUUGAUUGAUUAAAUAAGCUUUUUGUAAAUAAGAAUAAUAUAGUUGUCCCCUCAUAAUCUCCCAUUCAUGCAAGCAUCAAUUUUUGUAAGGGCAAACUAAUCAUGAUCAUAUCAUCUGAAUGAU